UUUCUUCCUGAAGCCUUCGAGAGCUAUCAACAUGAAAUCCUUUGUGUAUUUUGGGCUGGUCCUUACUGUGGUAUCCACCGCCAACAGCCAACUGCUCAACGCUCUCAAUGAUCUGACCACCGCUGGACAGAAUUUGAGAAACACCGUUAAGGCAGCUAACUUGCAAAACCCAGCUGUCAAAAGUGCGUUGUCUCAAAUUUCGACCGAUGCUAAAGCCUUCCUCGCUAUCGCACAGAGAGAUGCCCCGAAAGUUGCUGCCCUGGAAAGCUUUCUGCAGAACGAUCUGAUCAACGCUAUCGGAAGCCUGACCAGCAUGCUUGGAGAACUGAACUCGGGAGUCCAGAAUGUCGGAAACCUACCGGUCGUCAAGGAUGCUCUGACCAGAUUCAUCAUGAACGGAACCCCGGUGCUGAACCAGAUCCAGAAUGUCCUGGCCAGUAAUCCGACAAAUGAGUUCGCUGAAGCCCUGGAAGCUAUCCGUAAGAUCCAGAGUGAUGUCUCUGCUCUGCAAAUUGCUGCCCAGUUGUAAAUGUGUCAACUUGAGGAACUUAAAUAUAUCAAAA